AUGCCUAACCACUACCAUGUUAAGCCGCUGAACCCCAUGUCGAGCCGCGGCCUAUCGCCGUCUCCUCCUACCCAACAUCGUUUCACAUGGUCAACCACCUAUGUCAAGCAAGCAAGCACAACGUCAUACCAUGCGUCGUCUACGUCGUCAUCAGGGGCCUUUUCGACCGCGAUAACGAGUGGACGUGAAGGGCGAUGGAGUUUGAAGAGGCGCCCACAAAUGUUCCAUCGAACACUAUUUUUCGAAUUUAUCGUUCUGGCAGUCUCUUUUUCGGAGACCAAUUUGAAGAAAGCCCCCGAGUGCUCCAAGCUGGAGGGGUUCGCUAUGGCUGGAGUGGACAAAUUCACCUUGGAUGAUAGUAGCAUAAGAGAUCAACUUUAUAGUGGAAUCUUGCAGUACGCAACUCAAUCACCCGAUAUCAAAUACGACUGCAGUGUCGAAUUAGCUGGAGGAUUGGUACUGGAUGACCCAGCGAAGGACUUUCGUUUUCUCAUGUCUAAUGGCAGAUUCCCCUUAAUUUCUGAAACUGACGGCAACUCCACUGUCGAGGAGGCUACUCAAGCAGCUUUAAAAUUAUGGGAGAAACAUAUUCCAAAUUUGGGCCCUAGAGAAGCGGUCGGGUGCAACUACGUUUUUGAAGACGACAGGCACAAAUAUAUCUGCAUCUUUGUGUGA